AGAAAAAAGAAAAUGAGUUUAGAUCAAGUGAAAAACUGGCAUAACAAUGGUGAAAUCUUAUCUAAGAAAGCUCCUCAUGCGGUGGUGAUACCAUACCCAGCUCAAGGCCAUAUUAAGGGCAUGCUAAAGAUGGCUAAGCUCCUACACCACAAGGGUUUUCACGUCACCUUCGUCAACACCGAGUUCAACCACCGCCGUUACCUCAAGUCCCGAGGUCCCCACGCCAUGGACGGAGCCCCCGGUUUCCGGUUCGAGACCAUUCCAGAUGGACUCCCUCCUUCUAAUGAGGACGCCACUCAGGAUGUGCCCGCACUCUGCCAGGCCAUUCGUACGGUUUUCCUUUCUCCGUUCAUGGAUCUCAUCCGAAGGAUCAACCGAGAAGGGUUGAACCCUCCGGUAACGUGUAUACUCUCCGACGGGGUCAUGCCCUUCGCUAUUGAUGCGGCGGAACAACUAGAGAUCCCGGUGGUGACUUACUAUACUUUUGGGGCUUGUGGUUUCUUAGGAUGGGAUCAAUAUCGUCCCCUUAUGGAUAGAGGACUUACACCGCUUAAAGACGAGAGUGAGCUGACUGAGGAGUAUUUAAACACUAAAGUGGAUUGGCUACCCGGAUUUGACAACCUUCGAAUCCGUGACCUACCCGGGUUCUUCCAAACAACCGAUCCGAACCACCCAAUCUUCCACUUAGUCAUGGAAGCAGCCGAAGCAGUCCCUCGAGCAUCCGCGCUAGGCAUCGAAACCUACGACUCCCUCGAGCCUAAAAUUCUCAACCACCUCUCCGCCAAAUUCCCAAAGGUUUUCGCCGUGGGUCCUCUCCAAUUACUCCUUAACCGAAUCUCGUCCACUUUAAAUUCGCCUUUUCUAGACUCUGUCGGGUAUAACCUUUGGGUGGAGGCCCCGGAAUGCAUAAAGUGGCUGGAUUCAAAGGGAGACAAAACGGUGGUAUAUGUGAACUUCGGUAGCAUCACUCCCCUGACUCCGCAACAAUUUAUCGAAUUCGCAUGUGGUUUGGCCAACAGCAAGCAGCAUUUCCUCUGGAUCAUCAGGCCCGAUAUGAUUAUGGGGGAAUCCUCUGUUCUUCCUCCAGAGUUCUUAGAGGAGACGAAAGGGAGAUCUAUGAUCGCGGGCUGGUGCGAUCAGGAUAAGGUUCUCAACCAUCCUGCGGUGGGAGGAUUCCUGACCCACAGCGGAUGGAAUUCGACGAUCGAGAGCUUGUCGGCGGGUGUGCCGAUGAUUUGCUGGCCUUUCUUCGCGGAUCAACAGACGAAUUGUAGGCAUGCUUGUGAGGAGUGGAAGGUGGCUCUAGAGAUUGAUAAUGAUGUGAAGAGAGUUGAAGUGGAGAAGCUUGUGAAAGAUUUAAUGGAGGGGGAGAAGGGGAAGGAGAUGAGAGGUAAUGCUUUGGUGUGGAAGAAGCUGGCAGAUGCGGCCACAACUGAAAAUGGAUCAUCAUUUGUUAAUCUUGACAAGCUCAUAAGUGUCUUAUUGUCCCAAGUCUAGCUUUUACUUUCAUAUAAAUAAAUAAAUAUAUAACUAAGGUAUGUGGUUUGAGCUUUGA